AUGAAAGUUUUGUGGCCCCAGUAUGUGAAAGACAGAAUAAAAACAACCUACAUGUACUUUGGAAGCUCAAUUGCUAUUACGGCUGCAAGUGCUCUAGCGGCAGUCCGCUCUCCAGCUAUUAUGCGCCUGGUUAUGGCAAAUGGAUUCAUGGGAUUUGCCAUCAGUUUAGCUGCUAUUAUGGGGACUGGUAUUCUUGCCCAAAGUAUUCCGUAUUCAGAAGGCUUUGGAAGCAAACAACUGGCUUGGAUGCUUCAUGCUGGAACUAUGGGAGCUAUGAUAGCUCCUUUGUGCUUCCUAGGAGGACCUCUUUUGAUCAGAGCUGCUUGGUAUACAGCUGGAGUGGUUGGUGGGCUCAGUACAAUUGCAGUUUGUGCUCCCAGUGAAAAAUUCCUGUAUAUGGGUGGUCCUCUAGCUAUGGGUUUAGGUGUUGUGUUUGUGUCAUCAAUUGGUUCAGUAUUUCUUCCACCCACAACAGCACUGGGUGCUGGCUUAUACUCAAUAAGUUUGUAUGGUGGUUUGAUACUGUUUUCUGGCUUCUUGCUUUAUGACACUCAGAGGAUAAUUGCACAAGCUGAGAGAUAUCCUGCCAAUCCCGAAGCACUUGGAAUCAGGCCUUAUGAUCCUAUCAAUGCCUCUAUUGGAAUAUAUUUGGACACUCUUAACAUCUUCAUCAGGAUAGCGACUAUCUUAGCUGGAGGUGGUCAAAAAAGAAAGUAG